AUCACGCAGCGGCAGCGCCGCCGCCCCCAUUUGCUCGCCUCGCUCAAUCCCAUCGAUUCGGCCCAUGGCUCGCACUCGGCGGCGGCGGCGGCAAGGCCCAUGAUUGCACGCGGCGCCGACCGAAGAUGCAUCUGGCUCCCAAGCCGUGGCGGCCGAAGACGCAUCUGGCUCCCACGCGGCGGCGGCCGAGGGUCGGAGGCCGCAGCCGGCUCCCACGCGUCGGCAGCAGAGGGGCCAAGGCGGAAGCUGGUUCCCAAGCGGCGGCGGCCGAUGACGUACAUGCCUCCCAUGCGGCAGCAAGCCAGCGACCAUCACUUCUUCACGCCGGCGGCAGUAACUGGAGGAUCCCACGUUCGGUUGUUCAUUGUUUCUUUGACUCCCGAUUUCUUUCUUGUUACGAGGGAAUUGGAUCUUGAUUUCUUGUUUCGUUGACUCCCAAUAUUUCAGUGGUCUUCGGUUAUAACCGAGGACCGAACCGAACUAUCGGUGCACCGAAACCUCGGUCAUUGAUUUUUCACAUGACCGAACGGUUAGAAAAUUUAGAAAACCGAAUUUCAACACAAACCGAAGCACCGAAUCGAUCGGUUCGGUCUAACCGAACGCCCAGUCCUAGGUGUGGGUACUUCUUUUGCUUGGAACUACCAAACUAAUAGCGCAUAUAAAUCUAAAUGAUUUGCUCUCGCAAAAAAAAAAGAACUUCUGAAUAUUUGCUUUGACAGAUAAUCAUGAUUAAGCAUCUAGGCUUAGUGUACUUUACUCGUCGGUUCUCGAAUAAAGCUAGCUAGAUGCACAAAUGCUUCGAUUAACUUUUAGGAGAUGAUAAUGUCUCCAUUACUUUUGAGAGAAAAUAUCGUGUGGAAACCAAGUAUUUUAAUAAUUCUAAAAUUUCUAAAUAAAAUCAAGUAUGUUGGCAAGGCAAUGUUCUAUAAAGGAUGUAAAUUUUUAAACCAAAAUCAAAUUCACUACAGGUGUGUGAAAAAACCAAUUCAACAUAGGAUUUUUUUUCACCUCACAAAUGAAUGAACUUGAACUUCAGAUUUAACCUGUUCAUUAUAGGAUGUCUUUUUUAGAACUUUCAAAUGUGAUUUUUACAGUAACUUGGUUUGCACCGUAUAUUUUCUCUUUCAGAUGGUUGGUCUAGACAACAAAUGCCACUACGCCACUACGCCAGUCAUGGAUGGCCCAACUUAAUUAAUGGCAUCUUCCGUCAGUGCACACAACUUAAAGCAAAUAGUGUUGUAGUGCUGAUUUAACUAAUGUGUUAGUGGAGGCUAUAAAUAGCUCCACCACAAGCAUUCCUGAGUUAAUUAAUAUCACACUCACCAUAAAGCUUUUUUCGAAAAGGAAGGCAAAGCCUCCCUCGCCAUAUAGUUUUUGCUAGUUCACUUGACUGUGCUGAUCAAGAGUGCAGGAUGGACUGGAAACCUACGGUGAUGAUGAUGGCGGUGGUGAUCAUGUAUGCGGUGUUGAAUGUGCUGACGAAGAUGGCUUUCAAUGAAGGGAUGCACACCACUGUCUUCAUCGUCCUCCGCCUGCUCGUCGCCGCGCUCUUCCUCUCCCCGAUCGCAUACUUCAAAGAGAGGAAGAGUAGACCUAAGCUGUCCAUGGAGAUAUUCGUCUACCUCUUCUUCAGUGCCUUGCUCGGAGCCUCUCUGAUCCAGUGGCUCUUUUUCCUGGGCCUGCGGUACACUACGGCCACGUUCGCGAGCGCCUUCAACAACACGACUCCCAUGUUCACCUUCCUCCUCGCACUGGCCUUCAAGGUCGAGAAGAUCGAUGUCGCCAGCCGCUCCGGUGCAGCCAAGCUCACCGGCUCGGCCGUGGGGCUGGCCGGAGCGACGGUGCUGGCACUCUACCAUGGCCCGACCCUGGUGGGGGCGCCGUCGGGGGACCACCUAGCCGCCGGUGCCACCCACGGCGGUGCGCGGAGGUGGGCAGUGGGCUCGGUGGCGUUGCUGGGCUUCUCGGCGAGCUGGUCGCUGUGGUUCAUCCUGCAGUCCAAGAUCGGGACAAAGUACCCGGCGCUCUACUCUGGCACGGCGUGGAUGUUCCUGCUCAGCUUCUUCCAGAUGGCCGCGGUUGGGGCUGCCACUGAGAAGAUGAGCUUGCUGGUCUGGGUCCCCCGCACGGCGCUCCAGGCCGUGACCGUGGUGUUUGCUGGCGUGGGGUCGUCCGGGCUGGGGUUCCUGGCCAUGUCAUGGUGUGUGGAGCGGCGAGGGCCGGUGUUCACCACGGCCUUCAUGCCCCUGAUCCAGAUCGUCACCGCCGGGAUCGACGUCGCCGUCCUCCACGAGCAGCUCCACCUCGGGAGCGUGGUCGGAUCGGCGGUCGUGGUCGUGGGGCUCUACUUGGUCCUGUGGGGAAAGAGCAACGAGGCGAGCAUCGAAUCCAAACUCCCUCCUCCAUCACAUUCCAAGCCCGGUUGGGACGAAGAAACAGAGAAUCAUAGUUCACGGAUUGUUCAGAGGGUGUGAUGAGAAGCCCGAGCAAGGAGCCAAGGAGAUUAAUUAAGCAGGACGUCUGUUGCUCUAGUGCCCCAAAAGAAGAAAAAGAGAACAUAGUGCACGAUUUUAUUUUACUUUAGAUAGGCUACUGGAAAUGAU